GCUGUCAUGCAGGACCCUACCCCGGAACGCGGCGGUAGCGCCCGCCCCGCCGAGGAGAGGCGGGGGGCAGCGGCGACGGCGGGGCCGGCGAGCGGCGGGGCCUCCUGGCUCCAGAGGGUCUUUGAGGAAGUGCGGGGCUCCUCCCAGCUGAGCGUGGCCCCCGCGGAGCCGCCCCCCGUCACGGUGGUGGCGGUGGAGCGGUACCUGGCCGAGGCGCCGCCGCCGCCCGCCGCCGCCCCGCAGUACUGGUACGACGUGACCCUGGCGGACGGCGCGUGCCAGGAGCGCUGCUACCUGGCGCCGCGCCUCAACGGCCUGGUGCAGCGCGCGCACCUGCGCGCCGGCGCGCGCCUGCGCCUCACGCGCUGCUCCUAUCUGUACGAUGAGAAACGCCUCAACUACGGCUUCCUCUGCCUGGAGGAGCUGGAGCGGGUCGGGGGCGCCGGGGGGGCCGCCGCCCUUCCCGGCCACCGCCCGCCGCCCCUCCGCGGGGAGAAGAAGCACUACCUCCCGCUGUGGAACAACGAGGAUCCCUACGGAGAGAUGUGGGUGGCAGACAGGCCCCAGGCGCAGGUGGACGUCGACGUCUCCAAGCUGACUUCUCUUGGUCAGCUGGAAAUGACCUGGAGAAGCAGAGUUCACUUCCAUCCACUUCUUGUGAGAGUCCUGCACAAAUCUAGACUAAGGUACUACGGGAAACCAGAGAAAAAACUGGAUAUGCCUUAUCAGGCUUACUUCGAAGUUGCUGAUGGUUCAGGCAUGAUGUCAAUGGUUUUGUGGAAUUCAUUAUGUCCUGAAUGGUAUAACAGUAUGAAGGUUGGCACGGUACUUCUUCUUGAACAGUAUGCUAUCAAAAACAGUUACCCAUUUAAAACACAGCCAACCCCAGGGGAUUCACAGAUGAAGAGAUUUGCUACAAUUGAAAUCAGCCUUAAUGUUCGAGACCCUCCUACUAAAAUAAGUAUUAUUCCAGAAGACAUGGUUAAGCCAGAAUGGGGAUUACCUGAAGUUAAAUACCGGUUUAUCACAAGGUCAGAACUGGAUGACUUACCAAACAAUCAUUCCUGUGAUGUUAUUGGUCUUGUGACAUUUGUAGGAAGGGCUGAACGAGCAAGGAAGAGAGAACAUGGUGAAGACUUCUGGCUCUAUCGUUGGGCACACGCCAUUGAUGGGACCUCAGACCAACCAUUCAUACUGGAAUUAUUUGCAACUUCUCAGCCAGAUGUGUUUGAGCAUAUUCACCCAAUGACAUAUUUGGUGUGUACACAGAUGAGAGUGGUACGGGACCUCACUGAGACUCCUUCCAGCACAAUUUACCUUACGACUUCAAAUGAAAGUCAAAUAUUCAUUACAGGGUGGCACAAGGGCCAGCCAUACACCAAGGAUACCAAAGUGAAAAACUUCAUUCAGUGGACUAAAACACAAAGCGAAGCUGAUCAAAUGAAGAAAACUGUCAUUGGUGGCUAUUAUCCUUUUCCACGACCUCCAAAUAACUUUUUGAAAUAUUGUAAAAACAGUAAAGUUGAAUCAGUUUUGAAAGCCAUAGGUGAAACGGGGAAAGAGAUUGAGGACUUGCACUACAGAGAACACAAGCGCAUUGCUGUUCAGGGAAUAAUUAGUGCCAUAAGAUACAUCAGCUAUAGCCAUGCAGCUGAAGAAGCCUCAGGAGUGGAACUUGUUCAGAAGGAUACUUCUCAGUCUCUUGAAAGUUCUGCUGUGUCCAAAGAAGACUCUGUUCACAAGGGAAAAAACACCAACCUUCAAAAUAAAGAAGUUAAGUCUUUUCUGGGGCCACAUUGCACUCCCGGGGAACAACAUCAGCACCAAGCUCUACUGUCAAAAAAGAGUUCAGUCAAGAGAAAGAUACCGCGCAGAUUAAAUACAGAUGCAGAACAGGGAAGUUCAUCUGUUAUUCCUGUAUCAUCUUACCCCUAUUUCACACGGUCUGCAAGAAGAAAAUUUAGCUUGGAUGAAUUUCAACAUGAAGAUUUUGUGCAAGAUAAAAAUGGACAGGCUGUAUCAGACAGUUUACAGUACUGCACAGACCGAGAAGCAAUGAGUGAUAUACCUGAAACUGAAGAGAGUGGAAGAACUUGUGAUUCAUGGCAGAGUGACCUGUGGACACAAGUGAAAGACAAGUUAACGAAAUAUUUGCAUCACAGCACGAUUUUCCCAGAAAGCAUCCCCCGUAAAUUUGAUUAUGUGCACAAAGACUUACUUAUGCAACAGUACAACCUUCAUGCAGCAGUGCACCAGCCAAAAGAAACCAGAACAGAUAAAAAUAUCAAUGAGUUUAAAAGUGCUAGUGGCCUUGGGUAUUAUGAAGUGACGGUUCUGGGUAUAAACCAUGAUGUAGCAAUAGAUGUUGCAUUUCUUCCACUGUUUUGUCCUGAGGAUCCCCACUUAUUUCAACUAGAAGACAUUCAAAAUGAUACGUUAUUGUCUUGUAUGAGUUGCAUCUCUGCAUGUCAGCAGAAGGCCACUAGCAACGGAAGGCUUCGUGACAUGUUUCCACUUUCAAAUGAAGUUGUAAAAGCAGCGAUGGAUCUAGACGGCAAACAUGUUGUCUGCAUCUUGGACAUCUGUCACUUGGGUGAUGAUAAGGUGGAAGUCUUUCUGAGCAAAAUCUACAAGACAGUGGAACCUGGUGUGCUGGAUCCAGUGUAAUUUAAUAACUUAUUUUUCAAAUUUAUAUUGUUCAAAAGGAGGGAAAUAAAAUUGCUGUAACUUGAAUACACCCUCUACACAUUGCACUUUUCUAGAACUAGCAGACACAAACAUGAAAUUAUGAUUCUUAGAGCAAUUGUAAUGGUCAUCCAUGUAACUGAGAAGGACGAUCAUUGCCUUUAUUUUUCGACAGUCGUGAAACAGAUUACACAAUGUCUUGGUCACUUAUGUUCAAGAAGGAUGAAUAGGCAAUACAGUGAGCUGAGCUUUUGAUGGGAUACCAAGGAGCUUAAGUAUGAUUGUCAUCUCUCUUUCUCUGCCUGUGCACAUACAUACACAGGAAAUGUAUAUAUCAGGGUAGGAACUGAGAAGAGAGGCAGGCUUUCCCAAUAUUAAAGGCAAUGUUUGCAAAAGAAUUAACUGGCUGUGAUAUAAAUUUAGGCUGAAAAUUAGAAUAAUUUUGAGGAUUAGAGCUGUUAUGUUCUAUAGUGAUCUUUUAGU